AUGAGGAACGGGAGUAGGUCAACCUUGCCGAGCGACUUCUAUCGUGUUGCGCCGAGAAGUGCCCAUCUCGAUGGCCGCGCUUGGUCUACCAUGCAAGCUAUCCAAGCACGGGACCCGGAUACCCAGGACCCUCUCGACAAGUACUUGCUCUACUUCUCCUCCGUCGCCGAAGCCGUAGCUUACAAGCAAGAGCUUGAGCGGCUCGGCGCCCUGCACGCUACGCCCGAGGGCAAGGCGCGCAUGACCCUCGCACCCCCGACAUCUCCACCAUGA